CGGACCCGGGGCCCGCUCCGGCCCGCUCCGCCCGCGUUGUGCUGUGGCUGAGCCCGGGGAAGCGCGGCAUUCGCAAUCUCGGCCUCUGCUCUUAUCCUUUGGAUCCAGGCUUUGCAUUGGUUAUCCUCAACAUUUUUCCCUUUUUAGAAGUUGAUUAUUCAGCAUAUCCAAAGAUGAAGAGGAAACUUGCAACAGCUGGGACAUUGAGGCUUAGUCCUAAUGAAGAAGCCAUGUUUCUGAAAGAAGAAUCCGAAAGAAGAAGAAAACUAAGGUUACAGCAGGUCAGAGAGCAGCAGAAGUAUAUCUCCUGCCAGAUAAGGCAGAAGGUAAAGCAGAGAAGAGAAGAACAACUGCAUCAGUUAGAGGAGGCACUGAGAGCUGAAUGGCAGAAGGCACAGGAUGAGAAGAUGAAAGCCCUGGAAGAACUGUAUCUAUCAAGCUUAAGAGCGAUUGGGGAGAGUCACCGACAGGCCAAGGAAAAUGAGCCUGACUUAAAAGCUCUGGCGAAGCAAGCAGAAGAAAGGAAACAAAGAGCAGAGAUGAGACAUAGAAAAGCUCUGAUAGAGCAGAAGCACCAAAAAGAAAAAUUACUUCAUGAGCAAGCCAGACGAGCAGAUGCACGUAAACAUGCUCUGGAAGUGGAAAGACAAAGAGCAGCCAAAGUUGCAAGCCUGCCACCUCCUCCACCACGUCCUUUUGAGAGUUUUGAAGUGAAAAAGAUCCUUGCUGUGAAGCCCUGUGGUGCUGGCAACUUUUCUGUUACUCGUUACCAUAUUGCUGAAGCUUUGGUGGACAGAGAAGUGGACGGAGAGCAGCCAGAUGCUCAUUUAGCUGCUGAAGAAGAAGGGAGACGUUUGGAGGAACUACACAGGGAGGCAGAGAGGGAAAGAAGAAAGCAGCUUGAAAAGGCACAUAUUAGAGGAAAUCAUGCCUUGAAGAAGAUGCAGUUGGCCAAGGACAGGGAAAGAUUCCUGGAAGAGCUGGAGCAAAUGCAUGCUCAGGAUCGGAUGCGCAGGAGACAGGUUGUCGCACAGAUGCCACCUCAGGUUUCAGUGCCACCGUGCAAACGCAUGGAAGCAAAAGAAGAAUGGCAGAGAGAACUGGAGUCUGCAUUUGAAGAAAUGUGCAGCGAAGACAGGAACAUGAAAGGAGACCUGAUUCUGCAGUUUGAGCCACAACCUUUGCCAGCCCCUUCUGACAGAGCUCAAGAUAAUGAUCUUGAUAUCUCCUUGGAGCAUGAAUCUGCUUGUGACACUCAACCAGAGCUUCCUUGUGAUACUCAGCAAGAAUCAGGACGUGUGAUAGAAGAGGAGGUCCCUAAUGAACCAGAAAGGCAUGAAGAAGGAAAAACUUGCCAACCUCGGUCAAAACUUGCUUUAAAGAAAUUGUUGAACAAAAUUAGAAGCCAAAAAGAGGAGUGGACAUCAAAAAGUGAGAAAGAGAGUCAAAGUCAAUUUGAAACUAUUGAAUCAGGCACAAUUGCUAGUGAAAAGAGACCAUUAUAUGGUUUAGAACUUAACAAGGAGCAGCAGAAAACUACAGUGUCUGAAGCCAAAGACUCUAUGAAAAUGUUGGAAAAUACAGUUGCAGAUGACAAGUCAGUUCCAAUCCAUCCUCAAGAACAAGCAGCUAAAAUCAGAAUGGAAGAGGAGAGACAGAAGUGGAAUGAGGAAAUAGAGAAACAGAAACAGGAGCAGCUGGACUUGAUUAAAAAAAUUGAGGAAGAGAAAGCUCUUUUGGAGGCUGAUUAUCUGAAGAUCCAAAUGCAAACCUGUUUGGAGCAGGCUAAGAAAAGAAAGGAAGAGGAAGACGAAAGUCAGCUGGUACAAAGCCACAGUCUCCAUUCCACAGACCAGCAGAACCAAAUGGAACAUGAGACUGGAAAUGUAUCAGAAAGCAGGAAUCCAGGAGAAGACAGUCAUAGACAGAUGAUACAUAAUUUUCAACAGCGCCUUCUGCAGCAAAAAAGGUUGCACAAACAAACCAUUGAAGAAGCUAGAAAGAAUCUACAGGAGUAUCAGAAUACACUGAGGCAAAGGUACUUGUCUGCUUCUGAAACACCUCUGAGCACAAGGGAAACAAAAGCCAUUAAUUUAGAGCCUGUCUCAGAGCUGCUCCUACAGAUGCAAGGAGCGCAGCCAGCACAGUCGCAGGCACUGGAACAAGUUCAUGCCCAAGAGUAUGCGCGGUCAUUACCUGUGUUUUCAGGAACGUUGGGUAUGUUGGAAAAACCAUCUUCACAGAAGCAGCAAGAGCGAGUGCAUAGUAUUUGUGCUGGAAAAUCAGUGCAGUUUUCAGAAGCAUCAGAAUUGAAGCAUGGAGGGUUUCACUUGCCCUGUGACUGUCCUUCACAGGAACAAGUGGGAAUAUUCGAAACUGCCAAUAAUCACGUCAGAGAACCAUUCCAGUCCCAUUUACCGUCAGGGUCAGUCAGGAAAGAAGUGACUGCAGUAAGAACACAACCAGAAGCACAGCAACAGCACUUCAGAUUUGUGUUGCCUGCAGAAAGUUCCUCUGAGUCUUCAGAAACAGUACACUCUAAAGAGUUACCUCAGAAGAUAUCUAACUAUCGAAACAAGACAGAAGCUGAAGAAGAGCAUCCAUUUAAGAUGUCCGUCAUGCCAGCCACAAGGAGAUCAGCCUUGACUGAUCCUUUAGCCUAUCAGCAGGGAUCUGUAGAGAGCAGCAGCAAAACAAACCCUGAUCAACCUCUCAAUCUUUCUGAACCCACAAUUCUAGUGCAUGAAGAAUCUAAAGCCCAGGGUGUUGAAGAAUUCUUGAUGUCAAAAGCAGAAGAUGCAUCUUCGUUAAAUUAUUCUGGUAUACUGAGCUUAAGGGACAGAGUGCUGGCCUCAUCAGAAAGCAUCCAAGCUCAGCAAAAGUAUUUGAAAGAAUUGCAAGAGCAGCUAGAUGCACAAAGAGAAGCUCUUCUUUCUAAACAGAGAAUACAAGAAAAACUACUUUUACAGAAGCAAGAUAAAUUGAAGGAACAGAUGCAGAGACAGCAAGAGGCUUUGAAAGAACUUCUAAAAAAGCAGGUGAGACAUAUGUGCCCAAACGAAGAAAUGACAGAGGCACAAAAGCCUGUCAGGAUUAAGAGAGCUGACUUCUUCCAAGUGUCAGAAAACUACCAGCAAGAGAAUUGUGGCAGGAAUAAAUUUCAUGGAAGUGAAACAAUUUCACGGUGCGUUGGCCCGGUUGAGCAAACUGAACAACCUGAGAAAGUUCUCUGUGGAGAACAGAAAUGGAGAUCUUCCAAACCACCAGUGACAAAAGUCAAGUUAGGUCUUGGUUUGGAACAGCAUGAACUUAGUAUUAUACCAGAGGUAGACACACCGAAGAGUUGCAACCUCUCUUUGGCAGGCAUAACAAGCUGUGAAGGAAAAGCCUCCAAUGGAAGUCCAAGGCAAGCUAAUCCACCAGGAAGAUUAUUACAAGAAUUGCUGAUGAUGGCUGCUGAAACUUCAUGUGAAUCAGUCCAGUCCCAGGAUUCUCAAGUGUCUCAAGAUUCACCAGUUGUUGCUGCUGAAGGUGGAGAGAGACUUAGAGCAAGUUCUGGACCAUCACUGAGGCUUGAUAAUACGGAAGUGCCAGGUUCAGAGGCUUUCAUGCAACGAAGACCCUGUGAUGUAGCUUCAACAGUUUCCACUGGCACCUUUUCAACCAGUGAAAUGUUGAAUGCAAGCCCUGUUGACACCGGAUUGUCUUCUGAUAGUAGAGAAGAUGGAAUUCUGAGAGAAACAGGAAGACACCCUUGGAACUCUUCACUUCCUUUUACCUUGCAGCAGAGGCAAGAGAUUUUGUCUGGAGUGUCUGAAAGUCAGUUGUGUGAAGGAGAGAAGUACUUUUAUAGAGACAACCAGAUACAGCAGAUCUUGGGGAGACCUACUGGCAACUUGAACUCUUACUCAGAGGACAAUACACAUUUCCAAGCUCUAGCAACUGAACUCUGUUUUCCUGAAAUGGAGGGAUCUUUUUCAAACUUCCGUCACCAGAUCUUUCAGCCUUUGGAAGCGAGUGUUGACUUCGAUACAUCAUCAUCAUCAUCAUCCUGUUCUCAAUACAGAAUUUCCCAACACAGUAGAGAAUUUAGCAAGACUUCAGAAUUUUCAACAGAAAGUCCAGAUGUGUCUACAUUUCUAGAAGAGAAAAACUCUGAUCUGAACGGACAAAAAAGCAGUUUGCCUUUUAGUCUUGAAGCAAAUGGGCAAAACAUUUCAUCAGAAGAAGGGUUGGUUAGAGAAAAUGUUGCUCCAGGAUCUGAAGAAUCUUUUCACACACUGCAAUUAGAAUCUACUCUGAGUGAUGACUGUCAAAAUGCUGAUCAGCCAGGGGAUAUGAACAUUGUGUCACAGAGACCUUUUGAACAAGCCCCUGGAAUUAAAAACAGAGGCAAUGAGAGCUGUAUUUCACCUGCAAGUGGAUGUGAAGAGCUGUCAAGAAGUAUGGGGUGUAUUAAUCUCCAGGGUUCAGUGGAAGAUCUGCGGAACAAAAGUCUGAUUCACCUGGAAGAGCAAAAAUCAUUUUAUCAGCUAGAUCCCAUACCAGUUACAAUGGAUGAAACUUUCCCUCAGCAAUUAAUAAAAGAGACUGUGCCUUCUGAAAAGUUACCUUUGGAGGCAUUUGAUAAGAAGAAGGAUGAGAAGCUUCCUGAAAAAUCAGUUCAUGUAGAUGAAGUAAAUAAAGCUGUGGAGCUGCAUUCUCAGUGCAAUAUGGACAUGGAGGAGCCAGAUCAAAGCUUUCCAGAGGGACAAGAGUCUCUGAGGGUUCUCAGAGAAACCAACUUGGAGGACUCAGACAUCCGUUUGCACCCUGUUGUACAGCAGAACAGUUCUUUAUUUCAAGGACAUGAGAAACAUUCUCAUCCUGUGCCCAGAAGCUCAUGUCAUAUUCCAGUCUGGGAGACUGAGUCAGGGCACGGUAUUAUGGAAGAACCUGAGCUCACUCUGGUAAGCUCCAAUGACAUCAGUAUUGUAGAAUCAGACAUUGAACAUCCUAACCAAGAGAAAAUUAAGGAGGAUGCAAUGGAUAAGUCAGCAUGUGUGGAUCCGUCUGAAUGUAAUGUUUAUACUGAGCAGGAGAGAGAAUUUUUGCCACUAACUCCAGAUGCAGAUGAUUCAGCAUUCAUAAGGCCUGACAGUUCUCCCAAAGCCGAGAGUCCCAACAAGAGUCACUCUCCGUCACAUCAGACUGCAGUGAUGGUGCUGGAAUUUGCAGCUAUACCUGAAAGUUUACAAAAAUCUUUUUUAAAAAGAAAGCAGAAUUUCAUCCAGGAAUCUCUGAAAAGAGUAGAAGCAAUAAAAAAUAAGGAGAGAGAAAAUGAAAAGCUGAGAGCAAGAAAGCUUCUAGGAGGAAAAUCUGAGGUUCUAAGAAGCAGACAGAAGUCUGGUCUUCUCUCUGGAAAAAAUGGUGCACUUGCCAAUCAGUUGAAAAAAGUAGGAGAAGUGAAAGUAUCUUCUCCAGAGGAUAGGAAGUCUGGAGAAACUGAAAUGCACCAGCGUACAUCCAGGUAUUGCAUGAACACAAGUGAGAGAAUUAAAAAAAAAAAAAAACAGGAAAAAGUAGUUAAUCUGUGUUUUGUGAAAGCUGCUGCUCAGUCUGUGCUUUUCCAGCUGGACCCAGUGCUGCUUAACAUUGAAGAGGUGGGAGAGGAGCCAGGUGUGUUUGAUGCAGGUACCUGCUGGGAAAUGCCAGUGCAGAGGAGGAAAGUCACUGCUGGUGUCACCUUUCUGAGGCAGCUGUGCCACUUAAUGCCUGACAUGGGGUGAAAUUUGAUCUCAAGUUCACAGUUGCACUUGGGCCCUUAGGAGCAGUAACAGGCAACAAAUGCAGCUCUGAACAGGGAGAGGGUUUGUUUGAUGCAACUGAAAAAGAAUUUGAAGUUAUUCUGGAUUACUGGAGUGUGCAAUCGAAUUGUCCCAAUUGCUAGCAACUGACCCCGGGCAAAACCUUAAACUUGUUAACCUGCUCCAUCUUUGCCACUUCCUUCCUGCCCAGACACUGGUUUUUCUUUUUUUUUUUAUGUUUUCACAGACUUUAUAAUCAGCUUGCAGAAGUAAAAAUCAGAAAUGAAGAAAAAACAAGGCAAGAAACUUAUGCUAAAAACAGAGAAAA